CUCUCUUAAACGCAACAAUGGCAACUGCUGGAAAGGUAAUUAAGUGCAAAGCAGCUGUUGCUUGGGAGCCCAGUAAGCCUCUCUCUGUGGAAGAAGUGGAUGUUGCCCCGCCUAAGGCUCAUGAAGUUCGGAUCAAGGUUGUUGCCACAGGCGUGUGUCACACAGACAGGGAAUAUCUGUAUGAGGCUGGGAAAGGGAUGAAACUCCGAACAUUCCCUUUAGUUCUGGGCCAUGAAGCUGCAGGCAUAGUGGAGAGUGUUGGCCCUGAAGUGACUCAGUUUGCACCAGGUGAUAAAGUGAUUCCUCUUUUUCUGCCAUUUUGUGAUGCGUGUGACAGAUGUGAAAAUCCCAAAACAAACUUCUGCAGGAAGAACUGGGAAAACACUCAAGCAGGAGUUUUGGCUGAUGGCACAAGCAGAAUUUCUUGCAAAGGUCAGCAGGUCUACCAGUUCCUUGGAGUCAGUUCCUUCUGUCAGUACACUGUGGUUCCAGACACAUCUCUAGCAAAGAUCAAUUCCGAUGCUCCCCUGGACAAAGUCUGCCUGCUGGGCUGCAGCGUCUCAACAGGUUAUGGUGCAGCUCUUCAAACGGGAAAGGUUGCGAAGGAUUCCACAUGUGCCGUUUUUGGGCUUGAUGCAGUGGGACUGGCUGCUGUCAUGGGUUGUAAGGCUGCCAUGGCCAAAAGCAUAAUUGCGAUCGAUAUCAACCGUGCAAAGUUUGAAAAGGCCAAACAGUUUGGAGCCACUGAAUGUAUCGACCUAAAUGAUCAUGACAAGCCCAUCCAGGAGGUUCUGGUAGAUAAAACCAAUGGUGGGGUGGAUUACGCCCUGGAGUGCGUUGGCGAACCAGAUAGCAUGAGUGCUGCACUAGAGUCUACAACAGAGGGCUGUGGAACAUGUGUCUUCGCUGGAUGGACAGAGACCGAAACAAUGCAUGUCCAGGUCAUAAACAUCCUGAUGGGGCGCACCUUGAAGGGGACUUAUUUUGGAGGUUGGAAGAGUGCAAAGGAUGUUCCUAAACUGGUGGAGAAAUACAUGGAGAAGAAACUGAUGCUGGAUGAAUUUAUCACUCACAACCUCCCUCUGAGUCAGAUCAAUAGCGCCUUUGACCUUAUGAAACGUGAGGAAAGUAUCCGUACAGUCAUCAGUCUGGAACAGGAGGAUACAGCCGAUCUGCAUCCUUAAUGAACAGUUUUAUUGCUUUAUUGCAAGGUGUAAAAUUACCGCUCGUCUUUCUGCAACUCUGAAUAAAACCAACUUGCUAAGGCUUUAUUUAAUGUUUAAUUCUGAGCAUAUUAUUCUGACUUACCAGAAGGUGGCAGUGUAAUAAUAGGCAAAAGCUUGGAUAUUUGUGCAAAAAGCAUUUCUGUUCAAAAAGUUCCUUUUAUUCAACAGAUUUUUCUUUCUCAUGUAUUUUUCUUUAAGUUAAAUAAAGUUUUGGUAAAAUUACCUUCUGCUCAUAGCUAAUAUGUAAAUGAAACAUUAUGUCUUUAAUAAAUGCAUCAUCAGCAGCAUA